AUAGCUCUCGCUGUUGACGGCUUCAAGUCCUCUGCUCUCCUCACCCAGAUUGAUGAGCACCUCAAGACCCUCACCGAGGCCGAGCGCCAGGACCAGGUCAAGAAGGUCAAGGGUGUCUUCCAGUUCAACGUCAAGAACAACGCUGGUCAAGUCGCCACCUGGACCUUCGACUUGAAGAACGGCAACGGCUCCAUGCACAAGGGAACCGUCGCCGGCCUCAAGCCCGAUAUCACCAUCGAUGUCAAGGAUGACGACUUUGUUGCCCUUGCCGAGGGCAAGGCCAACGGCCAGAAGCUCUUCAUGUCUGGAAAGAUCAAGGUCAAGGGUGCCAUCAUGAUGGCCACC